UUGUUGUAUUUUAUUAUACAUGCGAACCCUUCCUUUUCCUUGCAUACCUUCGUAAAGCCAUCGAGAUGUUUAAUUUAUUAUUAAAUUUUCCAAACAAAACACAGUAUAAAAAUGGCCGCAGCGCCAAUCUAUAACCCGGUCGUACCAUGCGUACUCCCGAUCCCAGGGUGCAUGUUCCCCGGCCGUAUCGUGCGUUUCCAGGGGAAUGUACUGCCAGAAGCUUACACGUUCGCCAUAAACUUUCAAUGCGGUCCCAACAUGGACCCCCGUGACGACGUCGCCUUCCACAUGAGAUUCCGCUUCGUGGAGAUGCGCGUGGUCCGUAACCACCUAACGACGGCCAUGGGUUGGUCAAAGGUGGAGGAGACCAGUGGGGGCAUGCCAUUGGUGAGGGGUCAGCCCUUCGAAGCCGUAGUGGCACUUGACCCUCAUUCGUUCAAGGUGGCAUUGAACGGAGUCCACUUCUGCGAGUUCGCUCACCGCUUACCCUUCCAGCGCAUUACCCACCUCACGAUAGACGGGGACGUCAUGAUGCAGUUCAUAGGCUUCGAGGUCGAGUAG